ACUAAAUAAAAUGUCUGGACUGGCAUUUUACCCCUUUCUAUAUUUUUUGAAUGUAGCUCCAUCCCUUUCUAAGAAAUCUCACAUUCAACAACAGUGCUGGAGAGACAAUACAGCUUAACGAACAUGGAGAGAUAAUGGCAGGAUUUGAUGUGACCAACUGGGUAAUGUUUCCAAAUCAAUCUUUUGGUAGAGUCAAAAUUGGAAGGCUGGAUUUUCAAGCUCCUCCAGGCAAGGAAUUAACCAUUCAGGAUGAACGCAUUGUGUGGCAUAGAACAUUUAACCAGAUUCUUCCCACUUCUCUGUGUAAUGACAAGUGCCGUCCUGGAUACAGUAGGAAAAAGAAGGAAGGGGAGCCUUUUUGCUGUUAUGAAUGUGUUCCUUGUCCAGAAGGGAAGAUUUCUAACCAGACAGAUAUGGAUGCCUGCACCGAAUGUCCAGAAGAUCAAUACUCAAACUUCCACCAGAACCAAUGCAUUCCCAAAGUCAUAACCUACCUUUCAUACGAGGAACCUUUAGGAAUGACUUUAGCUUUGUCUGCUCUUGCUCUUGCUCUGAUCACAGCUUUGGUGAUAAUAAUAUUUGUGAAGCACCAGAACACACCCAUCGUCAAAGCCAACAACCGAAGUGUCACCUACAUUCUUCUCGUAUCCCUCCUACUGUGUUUCCUCUGCUGCUUGCUUUUUAUUGGAAAACCUGGACAGCUAAUUUGCUUACUCCGACAAACAACUUUUGGCAUCAUAUUUUCUCUUGCUCUUUCCAGCUUGUUAGCUAAAACCAUCACUGUAGUCCUGGCAUUUAUGGCUACUAGACCAGGAUCUAGAAUGAGAAAAUGGAUGGGGAAAAAGCUGACAAACUCUAUCAUGUUUUCAGGCUACUUUAUUCAAGCAGGAAUUUGUACCCUUUGGUUGAGUAUUUCUCCCCCAUACGCAGAUACAGACAUGUACUCCGUCAAUGGGGAAAUUAUAGCAGAGUGUAACGAAGGCUCAACUGUCAUGUUUUAUAGUGUCUUGGGCUAUAUGUUCUUCCUGGCCCUUGUCAGCUUCACGGUGGCAUACCUUGCUAGGAGGUUGCCAGACACUUUCAAUGAAGCCAAAUUUAUCACUUUCAGCAUGAUGGUGUUCUGCAGUGUUUGGUUGUCCUUUGUUCCUGCCUACCUGAGCACCAAAGGAAAAUACAUGGUGGCUGUGGAGAUCUUCUCUAUCUUAUCCUCCAGUGCUGGGUUACUGCUUUGCAUCUUUUCCCCUAAAUGCUAUGUUCUUUUGUUCAGGGCUGACUUGAAUAACAGGGAGCAACUAAAAUCAGGAAAAGACUAAGUUAUAUGAGAAUUAAAAACAGAUAGCACUUCCCUCCACCACCCCCCUUUCAAGUAUGCUAUCUGAAUGGUAGAAUGAAUAGUAUAAUGACCGACACAUACAGUACUUCACAGAGGU